AAUAAUCCCAAGUGGGGCGGGUAUCGAGUGCCCCAUUUUCUUCCACAACUUCUCCGCACCAAUUCGCUCUCAAUUGCAAAACCUCCAUUGAAAUGCUCGUGACUGAGCUCAGAAGAACCAAAGAAGAAGGCGAAGAAGGCUUAACAAAUGUCUGCCAUAUACAGAUACAAAUCAAAGCUCCAUAAUUUCACUUUCAGAACAUCUCUUUUUUAUCUAUCAUCUUCCAAAUUCCAUUCCUCCACUUCUUCUUCUCUCAAACCCAAACCAAAACCCGCGCUCUUCUUCAACUCAUUCCAAGGUUCUAGAAUAAGUUUAGGGUUUAAAUUCCAAGGUUCUAGACUAGGGUUAGGGUUUAGGCAUAAAUGGGAAGGAAGCUCCGACAACUACGAUCAUAUAAAAGCAGAGGUGAACUGCCCGCGUUGUUCGAAGUUGAUGACGGUGCUAUUCUCCAACCGGCCGUUGUCGAUCACCGCCGGCGAGACAGGAAUUUAUCAGGCGGUGAAUUUGUGUCCUCAUUGCCGGACGGCGUUUUACUUUAGGCCGUUUAAGUUGGAGCCUUUGCACGGGAGUUUCAUUGAGAUUGGGAGAGUUAAAGAGAGAGAGAAUGAUGGUGAUAUGGUGGGGAGUUGUGGGAAGAAUGAUGGUAAAAUUUGGGAAAAGUUGAGGUCUUAUAGUGGGACUAGUGGUGGAGUUGAUGAUGCUGGUGGGCAGCGUAGUUGUGAUACUGAAAUGGAGAACGAUACGAUGGUGAAAAAAGAAGAAGGGUGUGGUGAAGGAGGAGGGUGGGGAGGUGCUAAUUUGGGGAUAGAGUUGCCUACACCAAAGGAGAUAUGUAAAGGACUUGAUCAGUUUGUUGUUGGUCAAGAGAGAGCCAAGAAGGUGCUUUCUGUUGCGGUUUACAACCAUUAUAAACGAAUAUACCAUUCCUCUUUGUAUAAAAAGUCAGAUUCAGAUUCCAGUAAAGUUAGAGAUGACCUGGAAAUGUUUGAUAAUGAUUCCGUCGAGUUAGAGAAGAGCAAUGUUUUAUUGAUGGGCCCCACUGGCUCAGGGAAGACAUUACUUGCGAAGACGCUAGCUCGUCUCAUCAAUGUUCCUUUUGUAAUCGCGGACGCAACAACUUUAACACAGGCAGGUUUGCAAUAA